AUGGCUGCGAGCUUGAUUGGCACCACCCAGCAGGCUGCAGCCUCCAUCUUCCUUGAGCAAGGCGUAGCAGUCGUGCCCGGAGCCGUAAAGGAAGAAACGAUUGCUAUCUGCAGAGCUGCGGCUGCAGCAGCACUCGCUUGCUCAGACGCAGCGAUCACAAACAACAUACGAGACCUCGACGCAUCCGCGCCGGGAGCGCAUCACGCAGCGGUGCGCCUCCAUCGCCGAGAUUUCGCCGAAUACCUCAAACGCGACGGCGGCCGCGUCGACCUGCGGUUCAACAGCGACGCCGCGCCGUUCGACGCGCUCCUGCGCGAAACGAGAACUGCUGUGCUCGACGUCGCAACGGAGGCGCUCGGCGGCAGCGCCAUAUUGUACAGCGGCGUCAUGGUGGCCAGAGCGAACGCUGGUGGAGACCACCAACGUUGGCAUAAAGACGGGGAUCAUGAGAACAGCGAAUCGCCGAACGCGUUGACGGUAUUCGUGCCGCUGCAGCCACUCACCGCCGCGAACGGCCCGACGGAGUUCCGGCUCGGCAGUCACCGCCCUCGAGCCAAUGACGUGAAGCGCCUGAGGCAGGACGGCGUCGCCGUGAUGUGCGACGCGGGCGAUGCGCUCCUCUUUGACUACCGCAUUGAUCAUCGAGGACUAGCCAACGCGUCCGACGAGGACCGCCUCGUGUUUUUUUGCGCGUUCGCGCGGCCAUCUUUUCGCGACGAGAAGAACGCGCGGUCGACGGUGCCGCUCUUUCCCGAAACGCACGUGGCGCUCACCGGGGACCGCGGCGAGACCUCGUGCGUGCUCUUCGAGCUGACGGUCGACGGCGUCGGCACGAUCCGCGUCUGCGAGGGCGACGUGCCCGAGGCGGUGGCGGUGGCGUUUUGCUCGAAGCACGACCUGCCCGGCGAGGCUGUCGCGCCGCUCGCCGCGGCCAUCGAGCAGCAGAUGGAACUGUGUAAGGAUGUGUGA